AGUAAUUCCGAAUGUAGGUCAGUUUGAGCUGUUCAAGCAAAUAACAACAAGUGAAUCUUAUUUUGAGCAGGUCAUAGCGCUGGAUUGUCUUUGUAUAAUAGUUAGCAGUAUGUUAAUCAGCAUUUUAUCAAUAUUGCUGCUUGUAUUGUCUCUUUACUAUUUACGCGUUUUUAUGAAAGACAGACAUCUUCCUCCGGGACCAGCAGGACUACCGAUAGUUGGAUAUCUUCCAUUUUUGGGGCGUAAUCCAGCAAUAACCUACUUGAAACUAUCUGAAAAAUAUGGACCUGUAUUUUCCAUUCGAAUUGGUGGUAAUACGAUGAUCAUCCUGAACACAAGGGAGGCGAUAUUUCAGGCGUUUUCUAAACAAGCAAAAUUCACUGCUGACCGACCACCACAUCCAAUAUUUAAUGAAAUGUCAUCAGGAAAAAAUAUUUCGAUGACCAAUGGUCGACGUUGGAGAAUUGGCCGAACACUUGCAAUGAAAUUUUUGAAAAAUUUCAGCAAACAAAAAGUUGAACACAUAAUAGCCGAGGAAUCGGAAUAUCUGUGUGAUGCAUUACGUGACACUGGCGGUAAACCAUUGGAAAACCAUGGAAUACUUGCAAAAGCCGUUAUGAACGUUUUAAGCAGCCUAAUGGUUGGAGGUAGAUUUUCUUAUGAAGGCCAAGUUGGUCUUGGAAAGAUGCUCUCAUACACAUCACAGUUGUCUGAUGAAUAUCACGGAGACAUUUUGGGAAUUCUGUUGAUUGCCCCGUUUCUGAGAUUUCUUCCCUUUAUCAAGCAGUCGUAUCAAAAGUUGCUGGCAGGAAUUGCCGGUAUUGAAGGAGAAAUGAAAAACAUUGCUGAAGAUCAUCGACAAUCAUAUGAUAAGAACCAUUGUCGAGAUUAUAUCGAUUUCCUUCUGAAUGAGGAACAAGAUGACUAUAUCAGAACCGCUCAGGAUAUGAUAGCAGCGGGCACUGAUACGACUGCCAGUACUUUGCGAUGGUUCUUUCUUGCAAUGAUUAUAUACCCUGAAUACCAGAAGAAACUUUCUGAUGAAAUAUCUGAUGUUAUAGGUUCAAGUGGGAAAAUAGAAAUGAAACAUCAGGAUCAAAUGCCAUAUACACGAGCUUUUAUUCAGGAAAUAUUGAGAUAUCAGUCACCAGUACCGCUUGGUCUACCCCAUAAAACAACAUCUGAAAUAACCGUACAAGGAUUCAAGAUUCCACCAAAUACAACGGCAUCCAUACAUGAUAUGCACAUAGGACCAGAAGUGCAAAAACACGGAAAAAGGAUCUGAUCGGCAGCACUCUGUAUUCUGCUAGUAGUAACAAAAUCAGUUCUGGGACAAAUUCAAGUAUUUCAAGUAUUAUUGAAACAUUGGUACCGAGAAUUCGAUUCUGACAAAAGAAAUAACGACACCAAUAAAUCCAAUCUAAAUCUGAAAACGUCGACAAACAUAUUUCACAACGUAUAUUCAACUUCACUUUAAGUCUACUUCCGUUCUUAGCCCUUCACUUCAAUUACUAUUACAAAUACUAAUAUCAUACAAAUACCAAAAAUGUCGGAAAUGAGAAAAUGUCUCAGAUUUAAAUAAUACCCCGAAGUGUGCAAAAUUCCUCCUCGGUUAAUGACGGGAAAAUAAUACGAUCAUAUAUAGCCUACAACAGUUUAAAAGACUUGAACGACCGUCUAAAUAACUAGUCAGCGUUGAUGUCAGCAGCGAAUGACACUGACCAAAAGCUAAGAAGAUGCACCUAUCAUGCUCUAUCUAUAUUUCGUCAUUUAUAUUCAAUUUUAAUUAACCAAAGUUUCUUUCUUCGUUUUCACUAUAUUUACUUCACUAUAUUUACUUAUGCCAGAGAAAAAUAUUGAGAAAAUGCUGUAGCUGUUUUAGAAUGCCAUCAGUUUGGCGGAUGAAUUUUGUUCAAAAAUCAAUAUUGCUAAAUUUGGCACGCGAUGGCUGCAGCAAAUUUUUAAGUAAAUAAACAAA